AUUGUUCGACUUCAACGACUAACCACACUGCUCACGCAAACCAGCAAUCGUGUUAAGUGUAUUUUUAAGAAUUGGUGUCCUGUUUUUCCAAAUCAUGGCAUCAAACAUUGUAAAUGAUGGUAAAUUCUACAUCGUUGAUCUAAAGACCCAAGGUCGGCUUUGUGUUGCAGUUAUACCUGACUUCUGGUUGCACGACACCAACUUUUGCUAUUAUCCCGACAAACGUGGAGAUAUAGCUUGUGCGAAGAGAGAGCAGCCUAACUCGACUUGGUUAAACUACAGAUGUGGUUACAGAGGACUAUUCGACACAUACAGCCAAGCCCGAGACAAGGUGUCUAAGGCAGUACAUAAUUCAGACAACAACACCACUUCUGAAUCUGUGGGAAACCGCUUAGGAAGAGGGAAAAGGAUCAAGAAAACUCGUGCUGUAUACUCCCCCACACCUAAUCAAGAAUCCAGUACAGAGGAUAUGGAGAGUGACAUGGAGAGUCCUUCAAGUGUCCCACCUAUACCAAAUGGACUAGCUGAAACUUUUAAUCGCUCAAUCGUCCAGUCUAGUUUGACACAAUCAACACAAAGUCAAGUUUAAAGUCCUGGCUUUUACUCGUCAGUCAACAUUAUAGAAAAUCAUUAUGAGAAAACUUCAUACAGCGGGGAACCUAUCCAACUGCAUGCCAGCUUAAGCCAACAAUCAACAAUGGCGAGUAGUCCUCCUGCUCCACAUGUCCAGCAACUUCCUUCAUCCACACAUUUGUUACCACUGCCUUCUUACCCAGUCACGCAAACACAACGCAGUACAAGUAUUCAAGGCAGUGGGCCCCCUGCCCAACUUCAUGGCAACAGCUUAAGCCAGCAACUAGCACCAAUGAGUAGUACUCCUGCUCUCCAUGUCCAGCAACUUCCGUCAUCCACACAUUUGUUGCCACUGCCUUCUCACCCAGUCACGCCAACACAACGCAGUAUAAGUAUUCCAGGCAGUGGGCCCCCUGCCCAACUUCAUGGCAACAGCUUAAGCCAGCAAUUAGCACCAAUGAGUAAUACUCCUGCUCCCCAUGUCCAGCAAGUGCCGCCAUUUACACUGUUGCUGCCAGUUCCUUCUCAGGCAAUCGUCACAACACAGCAAUCAAGAUCGGCAUCAUCCUUUACUAUGCCCAAAACAACUGGAAACGAACCGCCGUUCGAAGUAAAAGUUCUGAGCUUCUUAUCCAAAAUUGUAGGCAAUCUCGAUCAAGUGAAAAUUGAGGUGAAUGUGCUAAAAAGAAAGGUUGAUAAUUUAUCGACUUCAACUCAAGAAAAUGAGCCUCUUGCGACUGUGGAAAUUCUUCUUCUACCCGUCAAAACCAUUGAUGAACUGAAGCUGUACGAAGAAGUGCUAACCAAGGAUCUUGAUCAAUUCUUCAAAAUGGUACGGUUCGUAAAACAAAUUGGUGGCCUAACGCUUUCUGAUUGUGUCAAACGGGCUUGGGAAAGUGUCAUCACUCUUGAAGUUAGAGUUUUUGUAAACUGGAAUGGUAAACCACGCACAGGUCAGCCACAGAAAUAUGGAUUGAAGAAAUCGAAAGUGACAGAGGCAGUUUUUAAGGGAAUUGCGUUCAAAAAUGCGUCCUUGUCCGCGCUGGAGUUCGAGACUAAAAAGGCUAAAAAACCUGUGCGACAGUUUUGAAAAAGAAACAACUUGGAAUUGAAAUGGAGUCAUCAGAAAGCGACGAGUGAUCUGACCAAAGUAAGCAUAAUUAAACUAAAAUUGGAUGUAUACCUAAUAAUUAUAUUGUAGCGUUCACGCAUCAUUGUAAGAGAACUCUCGCCAUCCGUUAUAACUGUAACGGAUAGACAAACGACCGACGGAAGUGUCAUUCGACUGUCAUCCGAUUGCUGAUGCAUCGGAUUCGCCGACUGACCCUUUCCCACGCCUGAAAGACUAUAAAUGGGACUGUAGUGUAGACCUUCGACGCCAGUAGUUAGAUAGAACAGUUUUGUUUACUUUGUGUAGUGUUUGAGUGUUGAAGAGAUUGAAUAAACUGAUAUUAAUUCACCGAACCCAUCGGCGAUAACUCGUUA